AUGCCUCCUAUGAUGCCGCAAUAUCAACCCCAGUAUGCCCAGCCAAACUGGUACCCUUAUCCUCAACAUCCCCUCCCUCACAUGCACAAUGCGAGAGGCCCCCAUUAUCAUCCACAUCAGAUGCCACCGCCCCAGCAGUAUCCUCCGCAUCAACCGCCUUUGAUCGUCUCUUCUCAACCACAAAUCCCGCCACAGCAACUCUAUCCUCAAGUAUCACCUCAUAUCGCUGCUACUCAUGUUCAUAGGCCACUUCCACACCAUCAGCCGCUGCCCUCUGCCUCCACAACCUCUACUACCCUGGUACAAACUCCACCUUCGCCACCUUUGAGUACAACAAGCACUGCCCACACGAGGAAAGACUCUGCUUCUCCAACAACCUCGGUCUCUCCCGGCCCGACUCAAGCACCCACUCAGGUUCAGGGUCAAGUGCAAGUUCAGGCCCAGGCUCCGAAAAUAGAGGAACCACGGGAACCUUUUCAACCACCAGUCCCAUGGCUUUCGGUUCACGAUGAGGCAUUCCCUCCUCGUGCGACUCGUCAAAAGCGACGAAUCCCUCGCUCAUUACUCGCUACCGAGCCUGUCAUCUAUCCCCUCCCAGAAAUCGACCAUGAGCGCGAAGUUGCUGUGGAGCCACCAGCUCAACAUGUGGAGCUCUCAGUCGACGGCAACCCAGUUCAGGCAUCGGUAGACCACACGGCCACUCAAUUGUCUACACCUUUGGCCUCGGAUGCUCCUUCAGAGCCAGCCUCAACACAGCCAACCACUCCUUCAUCAGCCGUAGCUACAUCAGUUACCAAGGCUCUACAGACGCCCACCCAGCCCAAAGCUCGCCCUGCUGGCCCCAUCGUACCCGCGGUGCCAAUCCUUCCUCCAAGCCCGACGGCUGGUCGAAAAGCCCAUCGAGAUUCAUUGGCUUCUCACACCUCCAAGCUGUCAGAGUCUGGGAAAUCUGGUACCGAGGAAGAGCACGAAAGACCUGCCACAUCUGUCAAUCUGGGAGAGUCUCCAGUCGUUUCUGAAGAAUCCAUCAAGCUCGCUCCAAUACCAGCCGCUCCAAAAUCUUGGGCGAACCUGUUUCGCUCUAAUGAAUCUCCAUCCGCAUCAGUCCCUGCCUCUACCUCCAGCAUUGCAGAAUCUUCCAAGGGUGCAAGAAAUGAGACGCUUUCUGAUGUGCUCAAUGAUAUAAACUCUGCCACUACUGCAUCCCCGACUCGGGUCUCGUUCUUGAAGCCCCGUGGUCUAGUCAACACUGGUAACAUGUGUUAUAUGAAUUCGGUGCUGCAAGUCCUUGUCUUCUCAUUGCCUUUUUAUGACUUCUUGUUCAAAGUGGCUCAGCGCGCUCCACAUACCUUUAAGAGCGACACGCCCCUGAUUGAUGCAAUUAUCCUUUUUGCUCAAGAAUACUCCGUCAUCUGCUCAGCCAACUCCGUCGACCAGCUGCGUCUCCGGUUGAAAGCAGAUGACUUCGAAAGCUAUGGUGAACCAUUUAUCCCAGAAUACGUCUAUGCUGCCAUUAAAGAUUUACCCCGGUUCCGAGAGAUGAGAAGAGGCCAUCAACAAGAUGCUCAAGAGUUUCUCGGCUUUCUGCUCGAAGAAUUACAUGAAGAAUGUGCUCGUGUGAUGAGAUCAACCACCACGUCGAGCUCCGGCAGAACUACUCCUGCUGGAAGUGUCUCGAACUUUUCGGAACAUGUUGAUGGCGAAGGGGGCUGGAUGGAAGUUGGACACAAACAAAAAACAGCCGUUACACGCUCAUCGGGUACCAUUUCGACCGAGUCUCCUGUUACCAACAUCUUCGGUGGAAAACUCCGAUCCGAAUUCAAGGUGUCUGGGAACAAACUUUCCGUCACUUUGGAACCAUAUUCUCCCCUCCAACUUGACAUCGGGUCUCCUCAGGUCCACAACAUCAUUGACGCCUUGAAAGGACUCACUCGACCAGAAAGCAUGCAGGGCGAAUUUUAUAGCUCUCGGGGCCAGAAAACCACGGCUACGAAACAAGUCUUCAUUGAGACCUUGCCCCCAGUACUGAUUUUGCAUCUCAAACGCUUCCACUACGAUAGCACUACAAAGCGAGCUGAGAAGAUAUGGAAGAAAGUUGGGUAUCCACUUGAGCUUGAACUUCCCAAAGAGGUGUUCCCUCUUCAAACUCGGAACAAGUUCGUCGCACAUGGUGGACUUCCGAAAUAUCGAUUGACUGGAGUGAUUUAUCAUCAUGGAAAGAAUGCCAAUGGUGGCCAUUAUACUGCUGAUAUCCGCCGACAGGAUGAUCGUGAAUGGAUCCGGAUCGAUGACACCUUGAUUCGACGUGUUCGAAGUGAAGAUGUUGCCGAAGGAGGUAGCGAGGAAGACCCCAAGGUUCUCGCUGCAGCCUUGGAGCGACACAAGGAGACCGGUAGUAGAUUUGAGCAAAUUGACCAGAACGACGAAGAGGGAGACACACCUGAUAAGGCAUGGAAUCAGGUCAACGGUCAUUCCAGGUCUAAAUCGACCAUGAGCGCCAUUGUCAACGGCACGGCCACCCCAGCAAAGGAUUCCUCUGGAAAGCAAACGCCCAACCCGAAAUAUUCCAUCAAGGACAAUAAAGUCGCCUAUUUGUUGUUCUACCAGAAGAUCUCUAAUUAA